ACGUUAACAUCGGUAGGUUCAGAGAUAUCGUUCAAUCGGGGGGUUGUUAUUUGCCUACUAGCUGUGCGCCGUACAGUAUGGACUACUUAAUAGCGUGUGGUCACUACGGAAGGACCUUAUUCCCACGCUGCCAAUGGGUUUUUGCAACCCCCCCGACUCCGAGCUAAAUUUUACUUGCUGGUGUCCACAACGCCGGACCUACCAAACCUUUCACUCUUUCUCCUUCACAGACGUCGACGAUGUCGUUUUUUAACUCUAUAGGUCGGUCAAUGGGGAGAGCACCAAGGGCACCCAAAAGAUCGCCUACACCGACCUCUGCUACAUCUACACCGGGAUCUAACCACGAUAAUAGCAACUCUUCACCUAGUUCUCCGGCCGUGUCAUCACCGAAUGGGCAAAACAAACCUCUGUAUCUGUGCAGUCCUUUCGUCGAAGCUGCUCUGGUGAAAGGGAACUUCAAGACAAUCGUAAUGCUUCCGAAGUACGUUGAUAUUAUGGAGUGGGUCGCUGUCAAUGUUUUUGACUUUUAUACCAACUUAAACGAGUUUUACGGUGUCAUAACGGAAUGCUGUACGCAACAAUCGUGUCCCACUAUGUCUGCUGGAGCGACAUUGAAUUACACCUGGAUAAAUCAGGACAGGAAAAGCGUCCACCUACCUGCACCAACAUAUAUCGAUUAUGUGAUGACCUGGGUUCAAAAUCUGCUUGACGACGAAAAUACAUUCCCCACUAAAUCGGGUCAAGACUUUCCUCAAUCAUUCCCCUCAACCGUAAAACAUGUCUACCGGCAGCUCCUGCGGGUAUUUGCUCACAUAUACCAUGCGCACUAUCACCAAAUCCUCCACUUGCGAUCUGAACCUCACUUCAACAGUCUGUUUGCUCACUUCCUCGCGUUUGGAAGGGAAUAUGAACUUCUAGAUAUGAAAGAUGUCCGUGGAUCUUCCUCUUCACCCGUGGGGAUUGGUGCAUUGUGGGAGAGAUGGAAAGACAUGGGGAUUUUGGAACCGCAGGCCGCACAUUAAGUUAUUUGUCCCCGACCUUAAAGAUCUGGUUAUCUUGGGUACUCGUAUUAUUACACCUUUCGUUUCUCCUUCGAAAAAGCAUUCUAUGUACCACCAGCCAUUUUAAAUAUAGAGGAGUAAUACUAACGUAUACCACAUUUGGGAAAACCAUUGACAAUCAAAUGAUUAUGUUUCGUUCUCGAC